CUCCUAAGCCAGUUUGUUUGUGUGUAUAACGUGAAAAUAAGCGGAGUGGGUGUCUCCAGCUCCUAGGAAUGAACGCACGAUUGUUGAUGGUGGGUGGGAGUAUUUAUGUGGCCUAGUCCGUCAUCUCUGGCACCCUGCGGACCCCUCGAGGAUUCAAACUUCCUCAUCUCUCUUCCUCUCUCUCACUCUAAAAUGCUCCCCAAUCUCGACCUCCCUCCUCUCCUCUAACAUACAGCACCAUUUUCCAUCUCUUUGUCUUUCGCUCUCUUCUCCCCUCCUCCUAUGGCCGCCAAUCCAUCUGGCCUCUUUUCGUCGCCUUGCAUGGGGCGGAGGCAGCAGCUCUCUUCUUUGGGCAUUUAUGGAUCUGGGUUUUGUAGAUUGGAUAACAGAAGGGUGAUUCAUUAUAGAACAUUGACUGAUGUUCAUUGCAGCACUGCCCAGGGUGUGGAAGAGCUCACUUCCCCUUCGAAAACUCGCGCCUCCAGAAUCGUAGGUCGGGGUUCCAAGCUGAUUGGUUGUGGUUCAGCUGUGCCAAAGCUUCUUAUUUCCAAUGAUGACCUUGCAAAAAUUGUUGAAACUUCAGAUGAUUGGAUUUCUGUACGUACGGGAAUUCGCAAUCGACGGAUCCUUUCAGGGGGAGAAACGUUAACUGGGUUGGCCAUAGAGGCAUCAAAGAAGGCCCUUGAAAUGGCUCAGGUUGAAGCAGAUGACGUUGACUUGGUACUAAUGUGCACGUCUACUCCUGAUGACCUGUUUGGCAGUGGUCCACAGGUCCAGAGAGAUUUAGGUUGUAAAAAUGCUCUGGCCUUUGAUAUUACGGCUGCAUGUAGUGGCUUCGUCUUGGGAUUAGUUACGGCCACUCGUUUUAUAAAAGGAGGCGGUUUCCAGAAUAUUCUAGUUAUUGGUGCUGAUGCACUUUCGCGUUAUGUUGAUUGGACUGAUAGGGGAUCCUGCAUUCUCUUUGGUGAUGCAGCUGGGGCUCUACUAGUUCAGGCUGGGGAUGGAGAUGAAGAUGGCCUGCUAGGAUUUGACCUGCAUAGUGAUGGCUAUGGUCAAAAGCAUCUGAAUGCUACAGUAAAGGAUAAUGGGACACCUAGACCCAGCUCAAAUGGGUCUGUACUUGUACCACCCACACUAUCUUCCUACUCAUGUAUACAUAUGAAUGGAAAAGAAGUUUUCCGCUUUGCCGUUAGAUGUGUUCCUCAGGUGAUUGAGGCAGCCCUACAAGAGGCUGGCCUUACAGGCUCCUGUAUUGACUGGUUGUUGCUUCAUCAGGCAAACCAGAGAAUUAUUGAUGCAGUUGCAGCACGUCUGGAAAUUCCAUCUGAUCGCGUUAUAUCAAACCUUGCUAACUAUGGUAACACAAGUGCUGCUUCCAUCCCCUUGGCCCUGGAUGAAGCUGUUCGCAGCGGAAAGGUUCAGAAGGGUCACGUUGUUGCCACAGCUGGGUUCGGGGCAGGGCUCACAUGGGGUUCUGCUAUUGUGAGAUGGGGUUGAUGCUCAUAAUGUUGCAUUAUCAGCUAAUAAAAUGCUAAGUAAAUUCCAAUGGGUGGCUUCUCUGUUUUCUCGUUGGCUAUUUAUUUUAGGGCCCUGCUUAUUUAAAUCCUAUUUAUUGCCCUUCAUUGGUGUUACCUGUUGUCUCUCUCCCCCCCUCGCGCUCUCUUUCGCUCAAGGUGUUGUAGCUGAUUUAUAUUUGUUGGAGCAAACGAAUAUUACAUUCUUUGUUUGUUAAUCUAAAUUUUGAUAAGGUUGGGUUAUUACAA